AUGGAAGACAUCCAAACCGACCUCCAAGCCCUAGAGGGCAACCUCACGGACCUCAUGGGGCCCGUUUUCAGAGUACUCAAGGCAACGCUGGAAUACCCGGCAAAGCCCGAGGUCAAGGCGUCCAAGCUCGCCGAUGAUGUGACAUUCUUCACCAAGGGGGAUAACGGAGACGCAGUCCUUUGGCAGGUCUGGUGGGUUAUAUUCGACAUCGCGAGCGUAGUCCCGCCCGACCACGCGUGGCAGGAUAGUCUCGUUCAGUGCCUUAGCCUCCUCCGCGAGCGGGACGAAGUCAUUACGCCGAAGAUAGAGGGCGCACCAACGUUCAAGGACCUACCAGGCCUAUCACUAGCAGCUAUUGAGAAAUUUGACGCCUACGAUCCCUCCUUCGUUGGAAUCGAGAGCCCAAAUCUAGCCCACUGGAAGAACCUCCAGUCAUUCUUUGCGCGGCUCACUCACACCGGCAUCAUCCGGCAGCUCAACUUCGCUAUCUGGGAAAUCCGGGAGACUAUCGAAGGAGACGAAGCCCAGACGCUGAAGGGCGCCGAGCUGGAGUGCCACCUCUGGGCCGUCAGCGAGUGGCUCGCGCGCUGCACCAAGGAGAUAUUCGAGCUGAUGAGCUGGAAGGACGAGGUCAAGGAGUCGGAGGCGCAGUCGCUGAGGACGGGGAAGUUGUGCGAGGGCGUUGCGCCGUUGAGUUUGGAGAGGUGGGAGUUCUGGAGGAAGAGGUUGGCUGAUAUUGCUGCUGAUCGCGGUAGUCUGGAACUCGGAGAUUCUGUCGUUGAGCGGAUAGCCGAGGUCUUGAGGAGAAUGGACGCCAUCGAUGGUCGCCGCGCAGCCGAGUCCGUGGUUCAGGCUGGGAGCAGUGAGAAGCCCCAAGGAGAGAAGGUUGGGAGUGAUGGCGCUGAGGGUGCCGAGGCUAAGAAUCUCAAGGCUUCUGAUUAG